CCCCACGUGGGUCACAUCUGCACAGAACUCCCCACUACCGCCCCAGGGUCCCACAGUCUCCUUCAGUCCCCCUCACCUCCAGGUCAUCUAUGCUCACCCCGCUUGUCCAUCCUCUAGGUAACAGACCUCCCAAAGAUGGAAAGAGUCAACCACACACUCUUGACUGAGUUCAUCCUGACAGGAGUCCCCCACCCUCCCCGGCUAAGGACAUUCCUGCUUGUGUUCUUUUUACUAAUCUACAUCCUGACUCAGCUGGGGAACCUGCUCAUCCUGAUCACAGUCUGUGCAGACACACAGCUCCACGCGCGCCCCAUGUACAUCUUCCUCAGUGCUCUCUCCAUCAUCGACAUGGGCAUCUCUACCAUCAUCGUCCCCCGUCUCAUGAUGAACUUCACUCCAGGUGUGAAGCCCAUCCCAUUCGGGGGCUGCGUGGCUCAGCUUUAUUUCUAUCACUUUCUGGGCAGCUCCCAGUGUUUCCUCUACACCACCAUGGCCUAUGACAGGUACCUGGCAAUUUGUCAGCCCCUGCGUUACCCGGUACUCAUGUCUGCUAAGCUGAGUACCUUGCUGGUAGCUGGGGCUUGGGUGGCUGGCUCAAUCCAUGGAGCAAUCCAAGCCAUUCUAACCUUCCGCUUGCCCUACUGUGGUCCCAACCAGGUAGAUUACUUCUUCUGUGACAUCCCUGCAGUUCUGAAGCUAGCCUGUGCAGAUACCACAGUCAAUGAGUUGGUGACCUUUGUGGAUAUUGGAGUGGUGGUUGCCAGUUGUUUCUCCCUGAUCCUCCUCUCCUACAUCUAUAUCAUUCGGGCCAUCCUAAGAAUCCGCACAGCUGAUGGGCGGCGAAGGGCCUUCUCGACAUGUGGAGCCCACAUAACUAUUGUUACCGUGUACUACGUGCCCUGCGCCUUCAUCUACCUGCGCCCUGACAGUCACAGCGUCCUGGAUGGGGCAGCGGCUCUCUUCCCCACGGCCAUCACUCCCUUCCUCAAUCCCCUCAUCUACACUCUGAGGAACCAGGAGGUGAAACUGGCCUUGAGGAGAAUGAUAGGAGGGCAGAAGACUAAGAGUGAGGUCUGAGGAGCCUCUCCUCUACUGAGGAGACACCCCGAUUUCAGCUUGGGUUUCAGGAGGUUUCCUCCAUGGGUUUUCUUAUCUAUGUAGAUCACAGAUUCACACAAGGAGAUGGAACAUGAACGAAGGGAAAAGACAACUUCCUAGCAGUUUCUAAGUUUCCCCUCCAGACAAACAGCUCCCAUCACCACAGAAGUAGAUAGUAACAUGCAGUCACCCAACCAAGUUAGCACAUUUGCCACUCUGAAGAAUCCAGUGAGCCUUCGGUGUCCUGGGCAUCAUCGGUCAAGCCCCUCUACAAUAGUUCAGUAUAUACCUCAGCAAGGAACUAGGGACGCUUGCUGGAUUCCUAACCCUAUGGCCACCCCAGGUAAGUGAAUGGGUAAACGGGGAUUCUUGCCAGCUAAAGGAAUAAACCUUCUCCCAGUAUGGUGCCUUUUCAAAUUAAGCAACCCAGAAGCAGGAGUACAAUGUGGUCUUUUCAAAUAUUUCAAGAAUUCUAACAGGCAUUGGUGGCCUACGCCUUAAUCCCAGCACUUGGAAGGUAG